AUGGAGAAGUCUGACAGAAGAAACAUAAAUCAUUACAAACUCAAAGAUUCUAAGCUUGAUGAGCUUAAGAAGCUUGAGGCUCUUUUGAUCGAUGACCAUAUGGACACUUUUAAGAAGGCGUAUGAUAACUUUCUAGGGGAUUUCCUUUUGGCUCCCAUGCUAGAUGAGUUUGCUCACAUCUUUCAUAUGCCAGUCAGAGACCAAGUUCUCUAUAUGAGUUAUUUUCUGGAAUCCACUAUGAUUGCUCAAGCUCUUCAUCUGAAGAAGGAGUUUGUUUAUUAUAAUCUUCGGACCAAGGGUAAUAUUAGAGGAUUUCCUUCAAAGUUUUGUUUGGAGAAGGCCACAUUGUUUGCUAAUAGUGGAAGCUUGGAUGCUUUCUACGCCAUCUUUUCUCUUCUUAUCUACGGGUUGGUGCUAUUACCAAAAGUUGAAGGUUUAAUUGACAAAACCGCUAUUACCACUUUAAUCUCCAAGAAUCUGGUACCUAAUCUUUUAGCCAACAUCUUUUUCUCCUUCCAUUGGAGGAAUCGGAAGAAGGGUGGGACAAUUAAUUGUUGCAUCCCUUUACUUCACAAAUGGAUUCUAACCCAUUUUCCAAGAAAAUGGUCUUUUGCUGACAACAUUGGAGCAUCGAAUUGGUCUCAGAGAUUGAUGUCUUUAAGUGCCGAUGAUAUAGUUUGGUAUAGUCGGGACUAUGAUAGGCUCAAGCAUAUUUUUAGCUAUGGGGAUUUCCAGAAUAUCCCUCUUAUUAGCGCCAAUGGUGGAUUUAUUAACUACAAUCAUGUUCUUUCGCCUUGUCAAUUGUAUCCAUUGAAGGAAAAUCCUGGAGACAAACAGUUGGAAGAAUUUCUUGUGGCUAAAGGAGUUGAGGAUUCCGAGAUGCUAAAAAGAAUAUGCCGUGCUUGGGGAAAGAUUCACCGUAUUGGUAAGAAAGAACUGGGUAAAUAG